AUGACGACGGCGAUCGCAAUGGGUUUGGAUUAUCUAUUUGAGCUAAUAUUGUUCGGACCUGUACUGGCACUAGCUGCCCACUGCGAGAAACGAGACUGGAAGCGGUUGGUGAGCUCGAAUUCAUUGAAAACCCCAUUGUACGGAUGGCGACUACAGAUAGACACGUUUAUGAACUGGGUACUGAAGAUGUACUGUCGUAUCCUGGAACAUCGCUGCUUUACGGUAUUUUUGGCUGUGGCACUGGUUGCUUACUGGUAUUUUGCAAUCAUUGGAGCACUGAACAUUAAAACAAGAUUGGAUACCGCUAAAAUUUUGCCAAAAGAUUCCCCAAUUCAAGCUCCAAAUCGCAUUCUCAGUGAUAUCAUAUGGGUGGAAUAUCAUCCGGCAACAAUACUUGUAAACAAACCUUUGGAUAUUAGAAAGCGUAGACCGAUGGAACGAUUUUGGCAGCUUGUUGACGAUUUCGAAAGUUUACCACAAUGUCGAGCGAACACGGAAACAGGUCUCGACUUCGAUAAACUGGAAGAAUUCCUCGAAUCGCCGUUCUACAAGCACUGGAACACUUUCGUCAAGGUAGUCCGAACAAAGGAAGGCAUUCGUGUAAACCGAUUUUGGUUUACCGUUGCGUACUCAAAUACGUCGACCUGGGAAGAUCUGAAUGUGACGGUGUGGGAAGCUAAUGGAAUGUUCGUGGAUCAGAUGCUCAGUCUGAAAACAGUUGCUAUACAAACCGGAGCACUGACGUUGAUUUGUAUGGCAGUUGUGUGUGCAGUAUUCAUACCAAAUCCGUGUAGCGUUAUUACUGCCUCCAUCGCUAUUGCCUCUAUAAGUCUUGGAGUGUUCGGUUUUUUGUCCUGGUGGCAUUUUGAUCUCGAUCCAGUUACUACAGCUGCAGUUUUGAUGUCAAUUGGCUUAUCAGUUGAUUUCACAGCUCAUCUGACCAACCGACGGGUAAUUCGCAACAAGCAAAUUGUUAAAAUUCCUAUCAAAGGCCCACGAGAGAAGUUGGAACACACCCUACGAAGUGUUGGAUGGCCAAUGAUACAAGCAGCCGCCUCCACGAGUUACUCGCCGAUGGUAUUUUUCAAAACGAUCAUCCUGGUAGUCUGCUGGGGCUUGCUGCAUGGACUCAUCGUACUUCCGGCGCUUCUCGGUGCGCUGCCGGACUGCCUCACGAAUGCCAAUUGUUAUCGCAUCUUCUUAUCGACAAGCAGCCAGAAGUCGUGCCGUUAUGUGGCGCCGCAGGAAAUGGAGCCGGUAGAUGGCCAAGAGAUGGAAACCAACGAAUAG